UCUCCAUGUUUGUUUUAUUGAAAUAUCAUUUAUUUUGUGAAAACGUCCGUAUUUAAUUAUAUAUUUUUUAAUCCAUCCACACGUUUCUGAAACUGGGAUUAAAGUUAUUAUUUAUGCAUCUUGUUUAACAGAAGCUUACCUGUAAAACCUAACCUUACAAUUCGUAUUCGCAUUAGUUUUGUAAUUUGUAGUAAUCCUACUUUAAAAAAAUGAGAAAUUUAGAGGCUUUCGAAGUGCCGAAUGAUGGGGAAAUAGCUUUAUGCGAAAUUAAUGGUCGCAUGCAGUCAAUGAAUUAUAAUUAUGCUAAUGUAAAUGCCUUUACAAAUACUCUGGAAUGUUACCCAAAAAUACAUAUAACAAGAGAUUUGUUACAUCCGGUUACGUCAAGAGAUGAAGGAAAGGCACUAUUUCUACCUGUGAAUGUAUCCUUCUUAAAACAACUUACACAAAUCUAUUAUGAACAAGGAUUUGUUGAAGCUUUACAUACAGCUUCAGCACAUAAUCAAAUUAUUAUUUCUAAAGGAGCUUUGAUGGUAUUAGAUAUUUUAAAAUAUAUUAAUAAAAUAAGAAUUUUAUUCAACCCUAACAUAAAAUAUAGUGGUACUAAUCUUAUAAAUCAAUUUUCUCAAACAAGAAAUUGGUUAAGUAAUACAAUUAGAUGUAUAUCAUGGCAUCCUCAUACAAAAAAAGUGGCUGUAGUUACUUGUGAUGACAGUGUUAGAAUUUUUAGUGAUGAUAAUGCCAUUAUGCCAUUGUUAAGAUAUAAGCAUCAAAGAAAUAUUACAUGUGUAGCAUGGAGGUACAUGUCCAAUUCAGAAAUUGCUGUAGGUCACGAAAAUGGAAUAACGGUGUGGAAUAUUGAUGCAAAUUCAUUGGUUUCGAGACCAUCUAUAAGUAAUGCAGUUUUUCUAAAAUUACCAAAUCACAAACCCAUUAUGAGUAUAGCCUGGUCUCCAAAAGGUGAUAAGUUAGUUAGUUGUGCUGCUUGUGAUAAUACAAUAUAUGUUUGGGAUGUCGAGUUGAAUAAAACAAGUUCUCAAAAGAGACCUGGUAGCUCAGGCAACAUAUUACUUAAGUGGUCUCAAACAGGAGAAAAAUUAUUUAGCUGUUCUAAUGGACUUGUGUUUCGAGUAUGGGACUGUUAUACAUGGGAAUGCGAAAGGUGGACUGUGCUUGAUGGUAGAGUGCAGACGGCUUGUUGGUCAAGUUGUGGUACAAAUCUACUAUUUGCGACAAGUACAGAGACUGUAAUUUACGGCCUUAUCAUAAAAACUGACCAAAUAUUCACAUCAAAUACUGAAACAUCUUCAAGUCAAGCUAUACCUUUAAUUGAUACAAGUAAAAUCGACAUUGAAGGUAUUGUUGUGGGAGGAUUGAUUCAGUGUAUGGAGAGCGAUCCAAAAGGGAAACAUUUAGCUGUUUUAUUUCAAGAUACUAAUUGUGUAGCCGUAUUCAAUAUUGUUAGGCAACCCAUGCUACAAAUAAUUCCUAGUUCGCUGGUUAUUGGAUUACCUGAAGAAAAACCUAGCAUAAUAAGUUUUCUACAACAUUUUGAAGCUGGAACAUGUUUAACUAUUGGAUGGUCUAGUGGAAGAGUUCAAUAUUAUCCUAUUAUUUAUACAGAUCUAUCUAUUCCUAACCAAGUUAAUACUUCUUUAUACCCUUCUUUUAAUACUUCACCAUUUUAAAUUAUAAAUUAAUUUUUUUAUUAAAGUUUUAUAUGUUUUGUA